AUGCUGGAUACCCAAAAGCUCGCAAAAGAGGCCGCCGCACAGGCGGAGGAACAGGCCGUAACUAAAGCAGCAAUGGAAAUAUCAAAGCGGGCGGAGAAAGUAGCAACCAGUGGCAAAGCAGUAGAGAGCUCUGAAUAUACCCCAUCCGAUGAAGGAAUGGAAGCGGAUUCGGGGGAAUUGAACGUGCCGACAGAAACAGAAGAAGAAAGCGACGAAGAAGACUUGCCAGAAAAAUAG